UCUCUUCUCUGUAAAGAACUCAAAGAGUAUUACUCUCACUAUCUUCUUGUGAUAUCAUCGUCUCCCCCUCACCUCACUCUCUCCCAUUUCCUCUCUCUCCGAACUUCCGGGGCUGUAUAUCCAAUAUCUCUCUCAUACAUACUUUUUUUGCCUCCAUCUAUAUUCCCCCACACUAGUCCUCUUCUCUCACAGCCUUCACCAUGCGUUUGAUCAUCCGUGACAACUCCGACGGUGCCAGCGAGUAUGUCGCCAACUACAUCAUCAACCGUAUCAACACCUUCCACCCCAGCGCUGAGAACCCCUUCGUGCUCGGCCUGCCCACUGGCUCCAGCCCUCUAGGCGUUUACAAGGUCUUGGUGCAAAAGUACAAGGACGGCCAGGUCUCGUUUGAGAAUGUCAUCACCUUCAACAUGGAUGAGUACGUGGGCAUCCCCCGCGACCACUCCGAGUCCUACCACACCUUCAUGUGGAAGCACUUCUUCUCCCACGUAAACAUCCACCCUUCCAACGUCCACAUUCUCAACGGCAAUGCGCCCAACCUGGAGGCCGAGUGCGUCGCCUACGAAGAUGCCAUUAAGAGGGCUGGCGGCAUUGACCUGUUCCUGGCUGGCAUCGGCGAGGACGGCCACAUUGCCUUCAACGAGCCCGGCUCCAGCUUGGCCAGCCGCACCCGUGUCAAGACCCUGGCCUAUGACACCAUUCUUGCCAACUCGCGCUUCUUUGACCACGACAUCAGCAAAGUGCCUCGCAUGGCCCUGACUGUUGGUGUCCAGACCGUCCUCGAGGCCCGAGAGGUCGUUGUCAUCAUCCUGGGCCAGCGCAAGUCGCUUGCUCUACAGAAGUGCAUUGAGGAGGGCGUCAACCACAUGUGGACGCUGUCCAGCUUGCAGCUUCACCCUCACCCCAUGAUUGUGGUGGAUGAGGAUGCCACUGCCGAGCUCAAGGUCAAGACUGUCAAGUACUUUAAGAGUAUUGAAAAGGUUGCCCAGGAGGCUGGAUUCGAGCAGAUCCUGCCCUCCAAGGUCCGCACCGGCAACGGCCCCAUCCCCCAGACCACCAUCGAGGAGGUUUCCUCUCCUACCAUCCACGCUCCCCAGCCCACCACCUCCCGCCUCCUCCGGGCCACUCCCGCUACCGAGUACCCCAUCCGCUCCGUGUCGCCGGAUCUGGUGCCGGACCGCAUGGCCUCCCGCAUCCCUGAGCCCCACCUGACCGAUCGCCUGACUCCCAACCCUGAGCAGCAGGCUGUUCAGAGCGCCAUUACUGCUUAAGACGUGAAGAGAAAAAAAGGGGGGGAUUUUCCAUGGAGUUUUAGAAUUGGGUUGGCUCUCGCUUUUAUUUUUUUUUACCUUUAUUCUCUCGUUUUUU